UCAUAUUAAACUCCAUUUUCUUUAUUAAUUUAUACAGUUUAAUUUGUACAGAAAAUAGAGAUAUAUUUUAUAUAAAAUUGGGUAGACUACCACAGAAACCCUACUGCUCAACCAUAUCACUUAAGAAUUUCCUUGUUUUGGUUUUUUGUGAUAGAAAACAAUUCAUAAGUGAAGGAACAAUUAGGAUUCAUAAUACAUUUGGCAGUUACCAUACUUAAGCCCCAAUCCUUAUUUCCUAAUCAUCAAUCCUGACAAAGGAUGGGGAAUUACUUGUCAUAGGGCGUUUAGAAACCAGUCUACUUAACAUGCUUAUGAAAUUGUGUCUUUAUUAUGACUUGUGACAAUAUGAAGUCUUAGCUUUGCCCAACUAAUAUUCUAUUUGAUCUUGAUUUUGAUAUAACUUUGCAUGGCAUCCUCCUCCAAUAGUCAUUUUACUCUUCUUAACACUGCUCUUAACAUUGUCAUAGACAUUGCUCUUACAUCUACCUUGCAUAUCAUUGAUUCUUUAAGUGUCAAAGGUCUAAUAUAGGUGCUCAUAUAAUUGUGUGUGACUUCUACUAUUAGUUCUUUGUCUUGAUGUCGUAAAUUUAUGAACUAAUGUCACAGUUGUUUGUGGUCAUCUACUAGAUUAUGUAUUGAGCAAUGAUUGAAGUAUACCAUUGGUGUAAACUUGAAAUUCAAUUACAUUUAGGUUUCCAAUUUCCCAUGUCAAUGUAAUUAAAAUGCAAUUAUUAUACACAAGCCCAACCCUAGAAACCUAAAAAGUUUAAGACUAAGUGUAAUGUUUUUACAGAUCUGAUUCUUGAUCAGAAUGCCGCGUCAAAAAGACUUUGCGUGGACACAUUGCACAACAGUUUCUGGUAGCACGAAGGUCAAGUGCAAUUGGUGUCUAGAAGAGAUCAGUGGUGGAAUUUAUCGUUUCAAAUGGCAUUUGUCCAAAGAACAAGGAAAUAACACCGUGAUAUGCAAGGCAUGCCCUGCAGAUGUCUCAUAUCAAGCAAAGCAAUCUCUUGACGGGAUUGCUGAGAGUAAGGCCAAAAAGGCAAGAAUUGGUGUUGAACUAGGUUCUCGUUCUGUAGAUCCCAGGACGAACCAUUUGGGUGAGGAGGAUGGUGAAGAUGGGAGUUUUAGGGAAUCUGGGUCGACACAAUUCUAUAGCACGUGGACCAAACACAGGUGGAGGAAACACUAAUGCUUUCUUCCAACCUCGUACCACACCAGGAUCACAAACCACUUUAGAGAGUACAGGAUGGAGGAAAACUGUCACUGAACAAGCAAAGAAGGCAAUUGCUAAUUAUUGGUACUCCUCUCACACGACAUUCCAUGCUUCCAGAAAUCCAUAUUGGCAACCCAUGGUAGAUGCUAUUGCAGCUGUAGGUCCCGGGUUUCAAGUCCCAUCUUGUGAAUCAUUGAGGGUUGGUAUGCUGAAAGAUGCAGUAGAGGAUGUUCAAGAUGUUGUUAAACAACAUCGAUUGCUGUGGGCUAGAACUGGUUGCAGCAUCAUGUCAGAUGGUUGGAUAGAUAGAAGGAACCGAACUCUUAUUAACUUCCUUGUCUCUUGUGAGAUUGGCACUGUUUUUUUGAAAUCUGUGGAUGCAUCUAAUAUGAUGAAAUCCACAAAUGCAUUGUUUGAGAUGUAUGACGUGGUAGUUACGGAUGUAGGGCCACAAAAUGUGGUUCAAUUUAUCACAGACAAUGCUGCUGCUUGUGUUGCUGCAGGGAGACUUCUGACAGAUAAAUAUCAUUCCAUGUUUUUUACACCAUGUGCAACACAUUGCCUUGAUCUAACCCUAGGGGACAUUGGAAAAAUUGAAUGGGUUAAGGCGGCAUUUCAGAAAGCUCACAAGGCUACCAAAUUUGUUUAUAAUCACACAAGGGUUUUGGCUAUAAUGCGCUCUUUCACAGGAGGUAAAGAGCUAGUUCGACCAGGAGUGACAAGAUUUGCAACAUAUUUCCUUGCAUUACAAACAUUAUGUGAACAAAAAGGUAAUUUGAGGCGAAUGUUUGUUUCAGCUGAGUGGAUGGAGUCUGGUUUCACAACUCAAGCAAAUUGCAUAGCAGUGGCAGAGUAUAUGUAUUCUACCACAUUUUGGGAAUCUAUUGAACAAAUUGUAGAAUUUUCAGAGCCUUUAGUAAAAGUCUUGAGACUAGUGGAUGGAGAUAAACCCCCAAUGGGAUAUGUGUAUGAGGCCAUGGAUAGGGCCAAGGAGGUGAUAAGGAGUAAGCUGGAAAAUAACAGGGAUAAGUAUAUGCCGUUGUGGGACAUAAUUGAUAGGAGAUGGGAUGGACAAAUGCACACUCCUCUCAAUGCUGCAGGAUAUUUUCUCAAUCCUCUGCUAUUCUAUAAGACCGACUUCCUGGAAAUUGAUGCUGAGAUCAAACAAGGCUUUUUCAAGUGCAUGGAAAAAAUGUUUCCUGACUUGGAAAAAUUUGAUGUGGCUACGAUAGAGCUGGAAAUGUACAAGCAUGCUAAGGGCUUUCUCUCUUCUAGGGCUGCUAUACAAAGCAGAAAGACAAUUCAACCAGUUGCAUGGUGGGCUUCUUUUGGAGAUGAAAUACCAAAUUUGAGGUGGAUGGCGGUGCGUAUUUUGAGCCAACCAUGUAGCUCAUCAGCUUGUGAGCGUAAUUGGAGUGUGUUUGAACACAUACAUUCUAAGAAACGCAACCGCCUAUCACAACAACGACUGAAUGACUUGGUAUUUGUUCAUCACAACCUCUGCUUGAAGAUAAGGAAAGCUCAAGGAACUAUUGAGGAAUGCUUGCCAAUUGACCUCGAUGAGAUAUCGAUGCUGAUGAUGUUGAUGAUGAUGUUGAUGAUGAUUAUGUUGUUGCUGAUCGUCCGCUUGUGUCUGAAGAUUUUGAUAUCAUGAGGCAAGCCAACUUUCGUCCUGAAUGGGUUGAAGGAAUUAGGACAGGCUCUUACCCAGGAGCUUCAUCAUCAGGGCCUCCUGCCCUCUAGCAUGUCAUUGCCUACAUUUGAGAUUUUGGAAUUUUGUACUUAGUUUACAGGUUGACUUUGUUCAAAGUCACAAACUAUAUUGUAAUUGACAUUUUGACAUCUAUCACCAUCUAGAUAUUAUUUAUGGUGUAGUAUAUUUUGUGGAACGUAAUCAGUGAUAUGAAUAUAAACAACGAAAAUCUAUUUCCUGCAAUUCAUGUUUUCAAGUGUCUAUUUUA